AAGAAGAACAACAACAAGCAGCAGGAAGUGCUUGUCAACACUGCUCCUCUUGUAGUCUUCGUAGAGAACUGAAUUCACUUUUCUAACGCAGUUUAUGUAUGAAGAGUGUGAUUAUAAAGCGGGUUUAAUGAGUCUAUCUCACUGACAACCCCUCCAGCAGCGGUGUGUUUACUUCCAGUCGGCCCGGUCCAACAUGGCGGCGGUAGACGUGGAGGAUGAGAGUAUCCUGGCGUCGAUUUUUAAGGAUAGCUUCCCGGACAGCUGGAAGGACAACCCGGACUUCGCGACCUACCUGUCCGAGCUGAGCUCCUUCGGGCUGGAGAAGCUGAGCCGGGAGCCGGAGCGGCUGGCGGAGGAGCGGGCUCAGAUCCUGCAGCAGACCCGGGAGCUGGCCUUCUCCAACUACCAGACCUUCAUCCGUACCGCGGACUGCACCCAGCACAUCUACCGGGACUUCGGCCGGGUGGAGGGCAGCGUGUCCCGGCUGCUGGACAAGCUGCCCGGCUUCGGGGAAAGAUGCAGGGGCUUCGUGAAGGAGGCGGAGGAGAUCGGAGCCAGCCGGCGGAUGAACAGCCUCACGCUGAACCGGCACACGGAGAUCCUGGAGAUCCUGGAGAUCCCGCAGCUCAUGGACACCUGCGUCCGCAACGGCUACUACGAGGAGGCUCUGGAGCUGGCGGCGUACGCCAAGAGGCUGGAGAAGAAGCACGCCUCGCUCCCCGUCAUCCAGGGGAUCGUGCGUGAAGUCCGCCAGUCGACCCAGCUGAUGCUCAACCAGCUGUUGCAGCAGCUGCGCAGCAACUCCCAGCUGCCGGCGUGCCUGCGCGUGAUUGGCUACCUGCGGCGCAUGGACGUGUUCACGGAGGCGGAGCUAAGGGUCAAGUUCCUGCAGGCGCGCGGCACCUGGCUGCACUCCAUCCUCGCCGCCGUCGCCGACGACGACCCCUACUUCCACAUCACCAAAACCAUCGAGGCGUGCCGGGUGCACCUGUUUGACAUCAUCACGCAGUACCGAGCCAUCUUCUCGGACGACGACCCGCUGCUGCCGCACGCCGGCGGCCAGGCCGCCGUGAACGAAGCCGCCAUCUUCCACGGCUGGGUGGUGCAGAAGGUGGCGGAGUUUUUGGCGACGUUGGAGCGGGACCUGCAGCGUGGCGUGGGCGGCCGCCUGGACUCCCUGCUGGGCCAGUGCAUGUACUUCGGUCUGUCCUUCAGCAGAGUCGGGGCCGACUUCCGCGGCCAGCUGGCGCCCAUGUUCCAGCGCGUGGCGGCGGAGACAUUCGGCCGAGCCGUGCGGGAGGCGGCCGACUCGUUCCAGGAGGACAUGAACGUGUACACGCUCAUCGCCCUGCCCUCGGUGCUGGGCGGUAGCAUCCCUCACACGGCGGCGCCUGGCGCCCAGCCCGGCGCGCUGCAGCCGCCCAUGGCUCUGCUGGACUUCCAGCCGCUGGCCUGCUUCCUCAACAACGUCCUGACCGCCUUCAACGACCUGCGGCUCUGCUGCCCCGUCGGGCUGGCGCAGGACGUCACCGCGUGUCUCCAGGACGCACUGAAGACGGUGACCCGUCAGAUUGUGGCGUUUCACCGUGCCGAGGAGUCGGCGUUCAGCAGCAGAGAGAAGGAGCUGUUUGUUCACUUCUGCUGUUCGUACGCUGACGACCUACUGCCGUUCCUCAACCGCUGCCUGCAGGUCCUGUUCCCUCCGGCUCAGCUCGCUCUCAUCCUAGGAGUUCCUGCGACUCAGCUGCACCGGUACGGCGGUCUGGGCUGCAUCGACAUCGCCGCCGUCCUCCAGCCGCUGGACUUCGUGCUGCCGCAGAGAGAGACGUUAGCGCCGCUGGCGCCGGAGCCGGAGCUCGACAUCGCCGCCGAACUGGGCAGCCUGACGUUUGACACGCAACUCAAAGAAACCGAUCCGGGCGUCACGGUGGAGGACGUGCGCCCCGAAACACUGCCGCCUGCGACCCCGGCCGCUCACAGAGACUCUGACGAGCAAGAUGAAGAUACAAUACAGGAUGAAGACUUUUCUUUGGACUGAAAGUCUGUGUUUUCCCUUAAGCUUCAGGAAGACUUGGGAGCACGUAUUUGGCAAAGGGUUUAGGUAUUUCAAAGAGGGUUUAUGGGUCUUUACUAGAGCUGGGCAAUAU